GCGCCAUAAUCUUUAAAUCCGGAUCCCAGCAGAUCAGAAAACAAGAUGGCAGAAGAUUACGAUGGCAACCUUAGCACUUAUAAAGCUCAGUUACACCAGGUGGAAGCUGCAUUAACAAGUGAUGCAGAUAAUGAAGAACUUCUUAAGUUGAAACAAGAUUUACAGGAAGUGAUAGAUUUGACAUUAGAUCUAAUCAAGGCUGCUCCUGAGGUCACGCAAGAGGAGGACUCUGUUAUACCGCUACAGAAAUGGAAUAUAGGAGAUAGAUGCCUGGCUAUGUAUGAAGAAGAUGGACUGUUAUAUCCUUCAACUAUUGAUGAAAUUCACGACAAUGGAACUGUAACUGUCACAUUCGAUGGAUAUGGAAAUUCAGAAAUUGUAAAGACAAGUAAAUUGAGAGAACUCGAGGAACCUAAAGGAGAAAAAAGGACGUCAGAAGAGGCAGGUUUAGAAACAGACAGUAAACCAAAAUCCAAGAAGGAGCUCUUAGAACAACAAAAGGAAUACAAAAAAAGGAAACAACAGAAGAAGGCAGAAAGGUUAAAACAAAUGGAACAGGCUCAUGAAAAGUCGAAAAACAACUGGCUUGACUUUAAUAGCAAGGCAUUCAACAAAAACAAAAAAGGGUAUGUCAAGAAAAGUAUAUUUGCAUCUCCUGACGAGUCAACUGGUAAAGUAGGUGUAGGUACAUGUAAUAAAGGGGGUAAGCCAAUGACAAAGUUCCAGAAACAAAAAUACCAAGUUCCAUCCAAGAAGUAGAUAGUGUAUUGUAAUUGUCUAUUCAUACUUGGACAGUGUCGAGAACAGAGGGGAAUUUUGACUGUUAUUGCUAAUGUAGAUUUGGUCAAAUUGUGACCCCCGCUUCCCCUGUUCUCAAAUUUCUGAUCAUUGCUUGUUAGAGGGACACGUUUGGACUACAGUAACUUGUAAGAAAGUUCUGAUCAUCGCUUGUUAGAGGGACACGUUUGGACUACAGUAACUUGUAAGAAAGAAGUUGACAGUGAACUCUGAUGAAGUCUGUAUAUUUUAGACUUGAAAAGACUGUAUAUUUUAGACAUUGUAUGUACUAGAGUUUCAACAAUGAAAUGAUGAUGUAUCACAUUCACAUCUGCACAAUUACUGGACUUAUAUCCAGCCAAAAGUAAAUAUGUACAUUAUUACAUUUAAAAUAAAAAAUUGACAUUGAUCUAGCCUAAGUCAAGCCAUUGAGGCUUGCCAUUCCAAAACCAGUGACCAAAAAAUGAAAAUUGACUUUUUAAUAUGUAGUCGUAUUCUCCACAUUGUAAGCUUAAAAAUGAUGGGUCAUUUACUGAAAUCGACUUACUAUUGCCAAAGUUAUGAGUAAAAGUAUUAUGGAUUCUAUGUACUAAAGUAUACAAUACUAUUGCCAAAGUUAUGAGUAAAUCUAUUAUGUCUUUGUACUAAAAGUAUACAAUACUGCCACAUUCUUAUGCUAAUUACUGUACUCAGUUUAACAAUUAACGAUGGUAUGCAGGUUUUGGAAUGGCAAGCCUCAAAUAGGUAAACAAUGUAAUACCAUUAAUUCUGCAUACAUUAGGUCCAAGUUGAAACUCAAUCAGUAAACAAUGUUUUGAAAUUUUGACAUGCAUUCACAUAUUCUAUGAAGAAUGAAUACUAGUGGUGUUUCAAGAUACAAGAUGUGAAAAAUGGCAGGGAAAGAUUGGGUAGAGGAGGGGGAAUGUUGCACUGACGUUCAAUAUUUCCUUUACUUAAAAACUAAUGUUUUUGAUCUAUGUUGCACCUGCAAUGUUCCCCAGUUGUUCAUUUCUGAGUGUUGGAUAUAUUUUAAUGUAAAGGUAUUUCAUUUACACAAACAUUACCAGUAAGGUACAUAAACAUUUCAUAUGUAAAGGUGAUAGAAAGAUUGUCAAUCUUUUUCACACUAUGAUUAUUAGAUGACUAUGAUUAAUGUCUAUUUUCCUCUUGUCUGCUGAAAAUCCUGUAAAAAAUACUGUAUAUGAGUCUUUUAUUUUGUACCCAUUAUAAUAAUUUAAUUAUAGAAAACAGUGUAUACUGUCUAGGAAAAUUGGGAAACACCUAAAAAUUAAAUAAAAAACUUAAAUAGCUUAUUAGGCGAGAUUUUUAUUCCUUGCUUCACAAACUUAUUUUUUUAAAGAAAUAUACACGUUUAUUUUAAGGCAGCGGUGGGUGUAAUAAAAAUAAAGAAAACUUUUAUUUUUUUCUGAAAUUUCAAUUUUUUCGUGGCGGCGGGUGCGCUAAUUGGCCAAAAAUAAAAUUUUAUUUAUUUUCAAAUUAUCAUUAUUGGCAGUCGGCAGAUUCACUAAACAAGGUAUAAAAGUCUCGCCCAAGCUAUCAACUUCCUAUGAGGCAAAAACAUUUAAUUUUUAACUGAUUUCUUUAUGAUGAAAAUCCUUUAGGAACAGUAUUUAUGCAUCUGUUAAUUUAGAGAAAAUCCUUUCACAUUCUAAUAUUUCAUUGAAGGCUAGUAAAGUACGCUUUGUCCAGAUUAUCAAAUGUUAUUUGGCAAAGAACUGUUGUAUGCCCAUAUAUAGACAUGAUGUGCCUAUAUAUGGUCAUGAUCUGAUGUUACCAUUAACUACCAUAUUUAGGCAUGUCAUUUGAGAGUGUUGAUUGGGUAUUAGUUAAAUACUCAAAAAAAAAAAAUCUAAACAUUUUUUUAAAAAACUCAACACCAGAGGGUAUACUGUAUCUUUAAUGUAGUGUAUACCAUGUUUCAGUUGUGUAUGGUUUCUGUGCUUGGAUUAAAUGCUAUGAGAAUUGUAAAUUUUAACACAGUACAAUUUUCUGGUACAUUUUCUAAAACAGUACAGUAUAUGGCUGGCCAUAAAUGAGGUUAGUGAUGGUGGAUGCAGAUUAAAUUACUGUACAGUAUUUAUGUUCUGCUGUUUUAGUACCUUUACCUAUGUAACUGGUUAAGGUUUGAAAUUACUGUACCUCAAAAAAGUUAAAAGAUUUUUUAACAAGUUGCAAGAAAAGUUGGCCAUGUAUUUAUAUAAAAAAAUGUGGAAAUUGUUAAGUGUAGGGUUGCUAAUAUUUGAUCAGUGGCAAAUAAAAGGUUCUUCAAGGUAAAUACUAUGCACUUAAAGCGAUUAUGAUACUUUACAGUUAUACAUUACAUGUACAUUAGUUUUAUAGUGUACUGUAGUGUGUAUAUGGAACUUUUGGGGGGAUUUACAUGCUUGAUGUAGUACAGUACAGUAUUAGUGCAUUCACUUUUGAGGUCUAAAAGUGAAGAACUAUUAAAUACUUUGUUGUUAAAAAAGAGUUUUU